GUACAAAGGUGUUUUUUUUACACACUAAUGUCUUUUAGUCCAUAGUUUACAUGAGAUACCAUAUCUUAGUUGUCUCAAUAAAUCAUCCCAACUUUGUUCUAAACCUAUUUAAACUCCAGGGUCAUUAUGCACUUUUCACUUCUAUACGUGCCGGAGGAACCCCAGGUAUGUCAUAAUCUGAAAACUGUUUUGAGGAUGAAACUUUAUAUAUUUCUUUUAUAAGUCUAAAUGUAAUAACAAAAAUUCUUUGUUACAGUAAAUGUAAAGUGAGAUCAGAUGGGAAAACUUACACUCUUAGCAGGCAUUGCCUUGGCAUUUUGCCACUGUGCAUUCUCCAUGGAAAUGGGCUGCUACUUCACAAACUGGUCCCAGUACAGACCUGGAAUUGGAAAGUAUACACCUGCAAAUGUCGACCCCUUCCUGUGCACACACCUUUUUUAUGCUUUUGCAAUGAUUAACCAUGCCAAUGAGCUUGUCACCUAUGAGUGGAAUGAUGAGACCCUCUACAAGUCCUUCAAUGACCUCAAGAAUAGAAAUCCAAGUCUUAAGACCCUUUUAGCGAUUGGUGGAUGGAACUUUGGUUCAACACAGUUCUCCAUCAUGGUGUCCACUCCUGGAAACCGUCAAAAGUUUAUCCAGUCUUCCAUCAGCUUUCUGAGAACUCAUGGAUUUGAUGGUAUGGACUUAGAUUGGGAAUAUCCAGGAUCAAGAGGAAGUCCACCUGAAGACAAACAAAGAUUUACACUGCUGUGCAAAGAACUUAUUGAAGCCUAUGAGGCUGAGGGCAGAGCUACAGGCAGACCAAGACUACUGCUGAGUGCUGCAGUGGCAGCUGGCAAGGGGACAAUUGAUGCUGGAUAUGAGAUUGCAGAGAUUGCCAAAUACCUGGACUUUAUCAAUGUGAUGACAUACGACUUCCAUGGAACUUGGGAAAGAUUCACAGGACACAACAGUCCUUUGUAUCAAGGGUCUGCAGAUGAUGGAGAGCUGAUAUAUUUCAAUACCGAUUUUGCUAUGAACUACUGGAAGGACCAGGGUACCCCCGUGGAGAAACUCAGAAUGGGUUUCGCAACAUACGGUCGUACCUUCCGUCUGACGACUUCAGAAACUGGAGUUGGAGCUCCAGCUAGUGGACCUGCUUCAGCUGGAACCUACACCCGUGAGGCUGGAUUCUGGGCUUACUAUGAGAUCUGUGGCUUCCUACAAGGAGCAACCAUUAAUUGGAUUAAUGAUCAAAAGGUGCCAUAUGCCGCAAAGAACAAUGAGUGGGUUGGAUUUGACAGCAAGGACAGCUAUGAAAUUAAGGUCAGUUAUCUAAAAGACAAAAAGUUUGGAGGAGCCUUCGUGUGGGCACUUGAUCUGGAUGAUUUUGCCGGACAGUUCUGUGGACAGGGGAAUAAUCCUCUCAUGGGCCAUCUGCGCAAUCUUCUGGAUAUUCCAGUGCCACCAACCCCCUCAACCACCACCCGUGAUCCCAAUCAGACAACCAUCACUACUAAACCAACAACCACAACUACCACUCAUGCACCAGGACCAGGAUUCUGUAAUGGAAAGCCAGAUGGACUCUAUGGUAACCCUGAAAAUCCAGCCCAAUUUUACAACUGUGCAGGAGGUAACACAUACCUGAGUCAAUGUGCUUCGGGCACUGUGUUUAAUGACAGCUGUAGGUGCUGUUCUUGGCCCUAACCUCUAAGUGAAUGUUCAACCUUAUGAAGAGAUUAUGACACUUAAAGAAACCUCCAUGAACUAUGAAAUGGAAAAAUGUAUGUCAUAUAUAAAAAUGCUGGUGUAGAGACUCCCUCUUGAGUAUGUUAAGCCUAUUUUGAAGGUGUUUUUAAAUUUUGUGUAAGCUCCUUUUUCAUGUUUGUUAAAAGUAUAUAAAUAAAAUACAAACCCGAACGGCCAUCUAUUAAACUUAUAUGAACAUAUGCAAUGUAUGUAAAUGUAAUGUAUGCAAAUACAGUCAGCUCUUAAAGCAUCAUUAAAAAGCAUCAAUUUUCAUGUUUUUUUAAUAUCAAACAAUUAUUGUCAUCAAGGUCUGCCAUGACUGAAAGUGAGAUAAAGUUAAACCCAAGUUCAAUUUAUUAACUUGUUAAAUUAAAUAAUAAAAAAACAUAAAGAUCAAAAUAUAUAUAAAUAUAUAUUUAUUUAAAUAUAUACAGAAACAGGUUUUUUUGAAAAAUGGUUGAAAUAUACAUUUGUUCUGUGUUGAGUACAUUUAUCAUUAAAUAAACAAGUUGACUGAUAAAGA